CGAUAAAAACCGAGCCGUCAUGUUUGCGUCCCUCCCUCUCUACCUCUACCCGUCGGCCAGGCUACCGCAGCACUCGACCGGCCCGGAACGAAACACCAGAAAACAACCAUGUCUGAGAAACUUCCCUUCAAAGUUGCUGACAUCAGCCUGGCCGAAUGGGGACGCAAGGCCAUUGAUAUUGCCGAGAAUGAGAUGCCCGGUCUGAUGAAGAUGAGGGAGCUGUACGGCCAGUCCAAGCCUCUGAAGGGUGCCCGUAUCGCCGGCUGCCUCCACAUGACCCUGCAGACGGCCGUGCUCAUCGAGACCCUCACUGCCCUCGGCGCUGAGGUUCAGUGGUCGAGCUGUAACAUCUUCUCCACUCAGGAUCACGCGGCCUCCGCAAUCGCCAAGGCUGGCAUUCCAGUGUAUGCGUGGAAAGGUGAGACGGAUGAGGAGUACGUGUGGUGCAUCGAACAGACUCUGUACUUCAAAGACGGUCAGCCCCUCAACAUGAUCCUGGACGACGGAGGAGACCUGACCAACCUGGUCCACCAGAAGUACCCCAAAUUGCUGGCAGGUAUCCGUGGAGUGUCGGAGGAGACCACCACCGGUGUCCACAACCUGUACAAGAUGAUGAAGAAGGGCGAGCUGAAGAUCCCCGGCAUCAACGUCAACGACUCUGUCACAAAGAGUAAGUUUGACAACCUGUAUGGCUGCAGGGAGAGUCUGAUCGACGGUAUCAAGCGAGCCACCGACGUGAUGAUCGCCGGUAAAGUUGCGGUGGUGGCAGGCUACGGCGACGUGGGUAAGGGCUGCGUCCAGGCUCUGCGUGGGUUCGGCGCUCGUGUCAUCGUCACCGAGAUCGACCCCAUCAAUGCCCUGCAGGCCGCCAUGGAGGGUUAUGAGGUUACCACCAUGGAUGAGGCUUCUAAGGAAGGAAACAUCUUCGUCACCACCACUGGCUGUGAGGACAUCAUCCUGGGACACCACUUUGAGAACAUGAAGGAUGACGCCAUCGUCUGUAACAUUGGACACUUUGACUGUGAGAUCGACAUGAGCUGGCUCAAUAAAAACGCAGCCGAGAAGGUCAACAUCAAGCCUCAGGUUGAUCGCUAUCGUUUGAAGAACGGUCAUCACAUCAUCGUCCUGGCCGAGGGCAGACUGGUCAACCUGGGCUGUGCCAUGGGACACCCGUCCUUCGUCAUGAGCAACUCCUUCACAAAUCAGGUGCUGGCUCAGAUCGAGUUGUGGACGAACACCGCCAAAUACCCCGUGGGAGUCUACUUCUUGCCCAAGAAGUUGGAUGAGCAGGUGGCAGCCGCCCACCUGGAUAAACUGGGGGUGAAGCUGACCAAGCUGACAGACAAGCAGGCCAAGUAUCUGGGUCUGCCCACUGAGGGGCCCUUCAAACCGGACCACUAUCGCUACUGAGCCCCACUACCUGGCUGGGGGAAGAGGAUGAGAAGAAGAAAUAGGAGGAGGUGUGGUUAGAAGGGUGAUGGUGUUUCUGGUGGGUGGUAGCACAUGGAAAGUUUGGCCAGGGUGCACUCUGGGGUGCCAUUUUGGUUUUGGCCAUAUAUCAACUUUUCAGGGAUACAGAGAGACAGUUCUGUGUGUGUGUGUGUGUGAUUUCCCCCCCCCCCCUUAAAUAGCCUUCCAUAUCAAGUGGUAAAUGUGUUUCACAAGUUGCAUCCUGUGUCAAUCCACGUGAUUCAUUUUUGAAACGCCUUGUUCUGCUUUUCUUAAGUUGCCAAUCAGCUGCUGCUGAAUCAGUCACUUCUGGUUGAAACGGGACUUUGCAGCCAAAAUUGCUGCCCCAUUAAAAAUGGCAUCGACCCCACAGCUCCCGUUCAGUAGUUUUUAUAUGGGAGCUUGUACACAUCUGGAGGGUGCGAAAGAUAGAACAUUUUGUCGUCUUUGUUCAGACGUACGUUUCAAAGCAACAGCCCACCCUCUAUUUCAACUGAGAACUUAAGUUUGUCUCAUCACCAUCUUAUUUUUCCUCUGACACACCAACACACACUAAUACCCUCAGUCCUCGGACAUCUCUCCUGUUUCUUAUCAAUACUCUUCUGAAACACCAAGUGCUACUGUGGCUGUUAGAGAAUUCCUCUUGUUCCUGUCAUUCCCUCUCCAUUCAUGGAAUAAAAUAAACCUUGAUGCUUUUCUAUCCGAACUCUCUUCUCCGUCUCGUAGCGGCUCGGGGAGAAAGGGUUUUUUUUUGUUUUUGUUUUUUUUCCUUCCGUAUCUUGACGAAUCGAGGCAAACGCUUUAGUGUACAGUGGCCUUAUUCCAUUGUGUAUUCACAGUAACACUGCCCUGUGUUAGCACUUACAAAAAAAACUGUACUUGAACUGUGUGAGAUGUCUGGAGACGAUCAUGAAGUGCUUGGUGCUACUGUGUGUAGUGUGUGUGUGUUCACUACUUAUCCAUGGUGAUCAGUAAAGAGUAAAGACGAGCACCACAGCCAAAGGAACCACCAAAGCACAUCAUGGUUUUGCCUCAUUUUAUAAAGUCUUAUUCUUUCUGUUGCCUCAUUUUCUUCCUUUUUAUUGUGAUUAUUUAAUUUGACUUGAAGGGUGCAACACCCCCCCUCCCCCCAAUACUUUGCAUUUCUUACUGAAGCGAGUUAAAGUGGUAGUCGCAGUUCUCAACGGUUAUAGUCUGAAGUACAGAGUUCAACUUCUUGUUAAUGGUGGAUUGAUGUUUAAAAACUGUCAAGCGUGACACUGAAAAAUAAAAAAUGUUGACUCUGGGUUGUCUCUUCUGA